GAAGUGAGUUCCGCUGACAGGGCUGGGCUCUGAGGAGAAAGCUGCUAGCAUAUCCGCUCGGCACGGCUAAAAACACGGUGUAGCACCGACAGAACCUAGCCGAACCGCCAUAAAGCCUCCAAGACGAGCGCUUAGACUCACCCGGGAACUCGUAUUUAUCCCUCCGAGACCGUCGCAAACAUGAAUGAUCAGCAGUUAGACUGUGCCCUGGACCUGAUGAGGCGUCUCCCUCCACAGCAGAUUGAGAAGAAUCUUAGUGACCUCAUCGAUCUGGUGCCCAGCCUGUGUGAGGAUCUGCUCUCUUCUGUGGAUCAGCCUCUGAAGAUCGCCAGAGACAAAGUGGUUGGGAAAGAUUAUCUUCUCUGUGACUACAACCGUGAUGGAGACUCCUACAGAUCUCCAUGGAGUAAUAAAUAUGAGCCCCCAAUUGAUGAUGGUGCCAUGCCCUCGGCCCGUCUGAGGAAGCUGGAGGUGGAGGCCAACAAUGCCUUCGACCAAUACAGAGACCUGUAUUUUGAGGGAGGCGUGUCCUCCGUGUACCUGUGGGAUCUGGAUCAUGGGUUUGCCGGAGUCAUCCUCAUUAAGAAGGCUGGAGAUGGCUCCAAAAAAAUCAAGGGCUGCUGGGAUUCCAUUCAUGUGGUGGAGGUGCAGGAGAAGUCAAGUGGCCGCACUGCUCAUUAUAAACUCACCUCCACGGUGAUGCUGUGGCUGCAGACAACCAAAACUGGCUCUGGAACCAUGAACCUGGGAGGAAGCCUCACUCGACAGAUGGAGAAAGAUGAGACAGUCAGCGAGUCCUCACCACACAUCGCCAACAUCGGACGCCUGGUCGAGGACAUGGAGAAUAAGAUCCGCUCCACCCUCAAUGAGAUCUAUUUUGGCAAGACCAAGGACAUCGUCAAUGGCCUGAGAUCUAUUGAGUCUCUCCCUGAUAAUCAGAAGUACAGGCAGCUGCAGCGAGAGCUCUCUCAGGUUCUCACUCAGCGCCAGAUCUUCAUAGAAUAGGGCUGGAGGAGUGUGCAGACGCUGGCGGCAGUUCGAGCCAAGCAGGAGGCUCUGAGGACCGAUCUGAUCGACGCUCUCAACAAACGCAAACAGCAAAGCUAGAGACACUCCCCACCCCCCUCACCCACCCCCACCCCCACCCCCACCCCGGCUGCCCUCACGUUUCUUUGUUCUGUCCAGUUUCCUUCUGGUCAUCUCGUCUGUGCUGCGCUCUGUCUGUGGAACGACUGACGGCAGAGACGCGCUCGGCUUCGGGCUUUUUCUUUAGCUUCCACUUUUUCCUGCAGCUUUCACACCGCCCCUCUCUCUCUCUCUCUCUCGCUUGGCUCAUCACCACGGUUACCUUAAUGAGAGGAACACAUCUGUCCCCGCAGCAACACAUCUGUCUCACACCAAUGAUUCCGGCCUCUUUGUGUAGCGUUUUGAAUCGCAUCUAUGGGCAUGUCCCAUACAGGCCACACCCCCACAUAAGCCACACCCACAACAUCUCUCUUAUAAAGGCACUUGUAUAAUCAUUAUUAAUUAUCAUUAUUAAUAUUAUUAUUAUUAUUAUUGGUUCUGCAGGAGUGUGUGUGUGACCUUUAACCAUUGUAUAGCACUCUCUCUCUCUCUCUCUCUCUCUCUCUCUCUCUCCCAAAGCUUGGCGAUCUGUUGUUUUGCUGUUUUUUAUUUUGUUUGUUUGUUUUGUUUUGUAUGGGGGUGGAAUAUUAUGUCAUUUUUUGUUUUUGUAAAGCUUACAGUUCAUGUAUUACUAGAGCCUCCAGCAACAAUAAAAACUGUAAAAUGCUA